UGACGCACAGCUCCCGUUGCUCUAGGUGAAGCUCAACUCACUCACGAGCUUCAGAAUGAAGCAGGUGUCCAACAUGGCGAACACGAGCAACGGAUCUCUCGCUACUCUCCUCAUUUUAUUCACCAUUUCGGCAGCUAUCCAUAAAGGAGCUGCUCAGUUCCCAGUCCAAAGCCAGAAUCUCAUAGCGGACAAUGUCUCUGUAGUGGAGGGAGAGACAGCCACCAUAAGCUGUCGAGUCAAAAACAAUGACGACUCCGUCAUUCAGCUCCUCAACCCUAACAGACAGACCAUCUACUUCAGAGACGUCAGACCCCUGAAGGAUGCUCGAUUCCAGCUGGUCAAUUUCUCAGACAACGAGCUGCGUGUGUCGUUAUCCAACGUGUCUCUCUCAGACGAGGGAAGAUACGUGUGCCAGCUCUAUACAGACCCCCCACAGGAAGCCUACGCCGACAUCACUGUGCUAAUCCCACCAGGAAACCCAAUCAUAGAGUCCCGCGAGGACAUUGUCAGAGAGGGUAACGAGACAGAGAUAACCUGCACCUCCAUGGGCAGCAAACCCGCUGCAACGAUCAGAUGGAUGAAAGGAGACAAAGAGCUACAGGGCAAAUCUAAAGUGGAGGCCACGUAUGACAGGAUGUUCACUGUGACUAGCUGGCUGAGGCUUACCGUCAUGAGAGAGGAUGAUGGAGUUCCUGUGGUUUGCAUUGUCGACCAUCCAGCGGUCAAGGACUUCCAGACGCAGAAGUACCUGGAAGUACAAUAUAAACCUGAGGUGACGAUCAAGGUGGAGUUUCCGCAGGGCCUGAUAAGAGAGGGCGAGAAUCUGGAACUGACGUGCCAGGCUAAAGGCAAACCACAGCCUCAUCAGGUGAAUUGGGUGAGGGUGGAUGACGAUGUGCCGUCUCACGCGGUUAUCACCGGCUCAGAUCUCUUCAUCGAGAACCUCAACAAGUCCUACAAUGGCACUUACCGGUGUGUGGUGUCCAACUCUGUGGGCGAAACGUACGCUGACUACAUCCUUUAUGUGCGCGAUGCCCUUACCACAACCCCUAAACCCACAACCACCACCACCACCAUCUCCGCCACAACCUCCCCUCCAGACAUCUUACAAGACGCUGCGCCCAGCACUGAAGCCGCAGCUCACGAUUCACAAGCAGGACCAGAAGCACAGAGAUUGGACCAUGCGGUUAUCGGAGGAGUGGUGGCCGUCGUGGUCUUCGCCAUGUUGUGUCUUCUCAUCGUUUUGGGACGAUACUUUGCAAGACACAAAGGCACCUACUUCACACACGAAGCCAAGGGGGCAGACGAUGCAGCGGACGCCGACACGGCCAUCAUCAACGCCGAAGGGGGCCACAACAACUCGGACGAGAAGAAGGAGUACUAUAUCUGAGUCCCGAGGCCUCUGUUGUUCUUACUAUUUUCUUUUGUUUUGUUUCAGCGGGAGGGGGCGGGGCAUGGGGAAACUGAGAUAGUUUUUGUUUAUUUGUUCGAUUUUCUUUCCUGGGGAUUGAAUGAAGUAGAAUGCUACAUGGGCAGCUGAGAAGAUGUAGGUAUUUGUGUUAUACAGCGGGAUCAG